AUGGGACGCCUGACGCAGGGACACUUUGACGAUGUCUUCCUCAACAAGGUCAAGCAGGCUUGCGUCCACGUACUAGACCAACUCAACGAGGCCAACGAGAUCGAACAGGCUUUCGAUCUGUGCCCUUCCAUCUCUCGCCGCAACCGCGUUAUCCUCUCCUUCCUUCGCGAUGCAGACCACGUUCGAUCUGGGGAAGCCCCUUCUUCCUCCUACUCCACGCCUCUUUCUAGCCUGCUUACCCUUGGGUCCACCCGUCCUUCUCGCGAGGCUUCCCUUGGCACAGACAGCGUAACAAGUCUGUCAGCGCAACGUCGCAGACGCGCACGCGAGAUGCAGUAUGUUCGCGACUCGAACGACUCGAACGAUGACUCGGACUCACAGGCUACGGUUGGACCUUCAACUUCCAGCCGUGCUCAUCUUGACCCUGCUUCGGCACGCAUCCCUUCCGUGUCACAACCGGAUUACUCCUUUGAGCAGUUUGCUGAGCACCUCGACCCAACCGAUAAACUUCUCAAACGCAGCUUGGAAAUCAUCAUCAAAGAAACCGCUCGUCAGGCCCUAGCAAAGAAACGCGGUCUGAGUCACGAUCCGGCCACCGCAUCUGCUGUCAACUCCUCUCGCGAUCCGGCUGCCUCAUUACGAUCAGCCAUUGCUUCCUCUCGCACCGACCGAACAACUUCCUCGAGUCGCUUUCGCGGCGAUACUGGCUUUUCUCGUCGCAUGUCGCCCUUUCUGAACGUCGAUACCGCUUCUCGCCACGCCAAUGCAAACACAGACGACAUCGACCCUACGUACCCGCCCCUGCGUGCCCUUCGGCCAGCGCAUCGCUCUUCCCUUCCCGGCUCGAACCAUGCCUCAAGUAGCACGGAGCGCCGCACCCUGCGCAACUUUCUUCACUCUUCGUCGGAUGGCCUCAUCGGCUCCACCCCAGAUUUGCUUGUCUCUUCUCAGGAUGCGCCUACCUUUGCCGCCCGGGUCCCUCAUCCGACGAUCUCUGGCCCUUCCCUUCCACUCCGAAACACACGCCCUGUUUCCAAUGGCGAGGCUGUGUCGUCGAUUCUGUCGCCCAAUCACUUCCUUCCACAACUAUCGCAACGAAUAUCCGUCGCUCGCUCGUCUUCAAGCAUCGGUAUCACACCGCAGACUAUCUCGGCACGGCUCGCCGAAGCAUCACGCCGCAACGCUCAAGCAGCGAGGACAAUUGGUGAAGCAGAGCGCCUCAGAUCGAGCCAAUUUAUCUGUACUUGCAUCGAAUCAUUACGGGCUUCGCUCUUCCAGCUGCACAUGGACUUGGCCUGCACUCAGCUGCAGAGUGCGCAGCGCGACGCCACUUCAACACAACCCGAGUGGGAGAAUUCAAACAUGCGUGGCUCGUAUGCCCUAGUGAUGGACACCAUCGAGCUCUUCGACGAUACCCUCCGCCGUCUCUCUUGUCUCGUCUCCAGCCGCAACGGCCCUGCUGCGCAAGAGCCUAUUGCAGACAGUCACGCCGACGCUCCGCGAGAGCGUACAUCGCUGUGGAGAGCGCGCCACCUUUUACUUCUCUCAUCGAUGUCGCGCCCAACGAGUCAGCUAGAGAGCACCGAGAUUAGCAUCGAAUCGUCCACUGUCGCCAAUUCUCGCCAAGAAGAGCACCGAGCCCACCACCAUUGGCUCGCCACUUUGGAAGAAUCGCACUGGGCUCGAUCUGACGUGAGUCCGCCCUGUUCUGAUUCGAUCCGUACUUGGCGACGCAAGCUAGCAGCAUGGUACUACCUGGACCGUGAUACGUCUACCUACCCCAGUGCACCGCCGAGCACAGGCGUUCGCGAAGAGACAUACGCUCGUUGGCACCCAGAUCUCGAGCUACCGUACGCACUCGAUGACGAGAUCAUGGGGCCCAUGACGAACGAGGGAUCAUCCGCACGACCAGAUCCCAUCACGAAUCCGCGUGCAGCCUGGGAGUACGCCCGCCGUCACGACGACUCCCUUCGCAACAAUUUGAACGAAGACGACCAAGUGCGCCAGGCGCUCGGCUCGAGCUCGGUCGCCUCGGCCUUGCAGCGAUGGUUGCGCCUUUCUUCCCGGCACGACGAUGAACGCCAAGCGCUUCUCGACCCGCAUCCCCUCCGUGCCUCGGGUGAUGUGGGACGCGGGCAAUCCGUUGAUCCACCAACGGAGCAUACCGACCCAGAUAUCUCAUUGACGCGCACGACCGCGCUCCGUCGUCGGAAUGCUGUACGAGCAUUGCCGCUCCACCGUUCUGACUCGUCCAGCAUCCGGUCUGCGCGCUCGUCUCUGUCACUGCGCCAACCAGAGGAUCUUUAUGUCGCCACACAGAUGCCGUAUCAGACCACGGAUGACAACGAUGCGAUCGAUGAAGAUGUCGUUGAGACCAGUAUCGAGAUUGGCACUUUGCCUCCUUCGCCGGAGGGCACAGCCACUUUGCAAUUGAAUUCAAUUGGCGCCUCCUCCCUACUUCCUCUACCAGAGCGUUCCAUCGCGGGCCGAAGCGGCUCUUUCACUUUCAUCACUACGCCCGCCGCUGUACUGCGCUCGCGUCAGCGCAGCGAAAGCCGCGGCCACCUGCCCGCAGCGGCAUCUGCAGUGGGCCAAGACGAGGGGGAGGACGACGAAGAGGACGCGGACGACGGCAGCGGCGGCGUCGGCGACCUUACUCUGGACGAUCGAGACGUGGAUGCGGAAGAGUAUAUUGAUCUUGAUUUGGAUCUUGGCAUGGCGGGCGACGACACAUUCGACUUUGACUUGACCGACUUUUUGCAAACCGAGUCGAGGCGGCUGGCACGUCGCCGUGGCAGCGAUGACCAUGACGACGAUGAGGAAGAUGCCAACGGUGCUACGUCUCGCGCUUCGCAACGAUCGCGCAGUGCCAGAAAUGCAGACUACGAGAGAGUGAGCGGCGGUGCCUCGCCAACGGGUAUCCGCGUGUAUGUCUCCGGGUCGGGCGCCUCAACUCCUGCCGAGGCCAGGCAGGCUACAUUCGAAGCUUAUGCACAGCGUGCAAGACUGCUGGAACGGCAACGCAGGGUGGAGCGACAGCGACGAGAGCAAGAAGUCAAUGCCGCUAGCGAAAGGGCCACCCCUCUCGGCGAUGAUGGGGACGGAGGCGCAUCUCACGAGACCUCGCAGGAUAACAGGCGACGCCGAAGAAGACGCAACAUUGGCGGUGAGGAUGACAGCACAGAUCGACGCGACUCUCUCCCCUUCCCUCGCAGAACCUCGUUACGCUGA